AUGCUCGAGACAUUCGCACAAUUCAAGGGGAUACCGGGUUGCCCCAACGCUGGCCAACUUGCAGAUCUGAUCGAGGGUCCUCUGCCCACGCAGGAUCCGAUCCCGGAGAUUCAUCAUCAACCCACACAAGUUGUUGCUAAAAGUCAUGAAGCACAUUGGGUGUUACAAAGCCUCUUGGAAGAUAUCAUUAUCUUCGAGCGUGAUGAUGUCGAUGGUGCCGUGGCAGCUGAGUGA